AUGGCUGACAAAACUAGCGAACAAUCAGCAGAUAGAAAACUAGAAGCUGAGUUACGUGGUGAUACUCCUCCUAUAGAUGUUUCUAAGGAUAAAAAAAUCGAAAAGAAGAAGAAACAUGCAAAGGCUGAAGAUGAACUCCGCGGUACUAAUAAUCAACCUGCAGGUUCCUCCAGCUCGUCUGGUCCUACUAGAAAACCUGUUGCUUCAUCCUGUUCAUCUGCUAGGCAGGCAGCUAACACUCGUAUCGAGCUCUACGUGGCAGCACUGAAAGGCGAUUGGAAAGCAGCCGAAAAGGUUGAAAAUGAUAUUAAUAGAGUGAUUACAGAGAAAGGGGAAACGACUCUCCAUAUUGCUGCUCUAGCAAGAAAAGAGCAGUUUGUGAGAAAGUUGGUCAGUAAGCUGAACAAAGAAGACUUGGAAAAAAAUAACAAAAUUGGUAACAAUGCUCUAUGCUAUGCCGCUGCCUCUGGAAAUGUGGAAAUUGCCAAGCUUAUGGUCAAAGCUGGGAAUGAAAAGUUGGUAAAUCCAGAUAGUGAUUUGGCUAUAGACAUGCUAAAGAGCAACCCAGGACUAGCUAAGGUUAGAAACAAAUAUGAUGAAACAGGAUUGACUGUGUUAGCACGAACACCUCUAACUUUUGUUGGUAAUGAUGAGAGUCAAUCAGCUGGACUACUCAAGAGUUUUCUUAAUUUAUCAUGUUUAAAGCUGCCGCAUUUAGGAAAAUCAAGGCAGUAUUCUCAAGCGUUAGACUUAGUCAAAAUGCUUUGUGAUUAUUGCUUGAAUAAUUCUGAUGAAGAGAACCAAAGCUCAACUGCGGAAGUUGCAAAUCUACUAUUUGAUGCGGCUGAAGCAGGGAAUGUGGAUAUUUUAAUCAAACUAAUGCACUUCAACCCUGACCUACUGUGGGUCAAAGAUACUGAAAGAGGAACUAUCUUUCACGUGGCGGUUGAGAAUCGUCACGAGGACAUAUUCAAUUUGCUAUUUGAGUUGGGUGCAAUUAAGGAUUUUAUUGCAAAACAUAUUCCUAGCAAUGACAAUAACUUGCUUCAUUUUGCUGCUAAAUUACUACCUCAAAAGAAGCUCAACACUGUAAGUGGAGCAGCUCUUCAGAUGCAUCGAGAGCUUUUGUGGUACAAGGAAGUAGAAAAGAUUGUACCAACUCCAUACAGAGACUUGCCUAAUUCAAAUGGCGAAACCCCACGUGCUUUAUUUGAAAAAGAACAUAAAGAAUUGAAAGCGAAAGGUGAGAAGUGGAUGAAGGACAUAGCAGCUUCAUCAAUGUUGGUAUCUACAAUUGUUGCGACAGUAAUGUUCACAGCUGCAAUUAGUGUCCCUGGUGGAUUUAAUAACAAUAAUGGAGUUCCAAUUCUUCUAGAUAAAAAGCCUAAGCUGUUUGUGAUUUUCACAAUAUCAGAUACAAUAGGGCUAUUCUCCUCCACAGCUUCUACUCUGAUAUUCUUGUCCAUCCAUACCUCUCGCUAUGCUGAUAAUGAUUUCCUUAAGUUCGUACCAUUUAUGUUGAUGUUUGGAGUUACUACGCUUUUCAUAGCCCUAACAGCCAUGAUGAUCACCUUUUCUGCCAUAUUUCUUCUUUAUUAUCAUCACCAUGGAUUAGCUUUCAUUUAUGUCAUUGUGUGUUGUGUUCCUCUUCUUUACCUUUUGUUUAUUUUUCCUCUUUUAUUUGAGCUUUUGCAUGCAGUUCGUGGUCCUAGGUUUCUGUUUAAGCCACGAAAACAUCUAUUUCACUAG